AUGCUCGCUAGUGGCUGGCUACUUCUGCUGCUACUGUUACUGCUACUGCAGUUGGUGUUUGUCUCCUUUUUUCCUUUUUUUGUGCAAAAAUUGAUAACGACAGAAAAAUUGGCAGCUGGAAACACAGGGCGUUCAUUGUUGAAUACGAAAAUAUUGGUGAACACGAAACCAUCGUCAGAUUACGAAUAUAGAGAUAUACAGAUAGAUGAAUGGAUAGAAAAGAUAGGAUGA